CUCCUUUCAUAAGACGAAUGAAAUCCCAGAAACUCUUCCUUUCCAGCAGGCGUUUGUUGGAAGUUCUGCCCACUAAUUUCGAUCAACUUUUCUACGACAUAUAUUUACACAAAAGUCGAGUCUUUCCGGCAAACUUUCUGUGCGCGCGGAGAUAACGUCAUGCCCGAUGUGCUCGUGUCAUGAUCUGUACCUCCACUGAGCUGUGGUAUACAGCCCCGUAUACAGCACACACUCGAGGCUCCGCGACUCUACCGCUCUCAGCACUCUGACUUCCAACCUCAACAACGGUCAUCUACCUAAGAUUUUGCUCUUCACAUGAGCCUGCAGUCAAUCCUCUGGAUGCUCGUUCGACACGGCCAGAAAUUCAUGGUAUACCCGUCUGCUUACGAGCCCAAGCCGCGUACCCACGCACUGCAGGCAUAUUCCUCCCCUCCGAGCUCGGUCUCGCAUACACGAACCUCGAGCUGCGCACGUCCGACAAAGUCAAACUCAGAUGCUUCUUCCUGCGGUACGCCGACCAGUCCGCGGCACGAAUACGUCAGUGCACACACGAGGACAUCAUUGAGGACGAGGCGCCGCCGGAUUUCCCUGUACGCAGCGUGGCGUGGUGUGUGGCUGGUGGGAAGCUUACGACGCGUGCAUAUAGAAUACGGGGCAGCUCUCUGCUGGCACGGUUGUCGUGUUCCAUGGGAACGGGAUGAAUUGUGGGGAUAUGAGCUUCGCAGCGAAACGGUUCUUAUUCGGUGGAUGUGAUGUGCUCAUCGUGUCUUAUCGAGGGUACGCAGAAUCUGAAGGCAGCCCACACGAGAAGGGCCUGCGGCUCGAUGCGCAAGCUGCAUUAGACCACGUUCUCGCUCAGCCAGACCUCGCCAAAAGGCCCAUUAUCCUCUAUGGCACAUCUCUCGGCGGAGCCGUCGCCAUCGACCUCGCAAGUCGCAAUCCCGAGACCGUCUCUGCGAUCAUCGUCGAAAACACGUUUCUCUCCCUCCCUCGCGUCGUGCGCGACUGGCCGGUCAUCGGGCCCUUCUCAUUCCUGUGCUUCCAGCGCUGGGACUCGGCAUCCAAGAUCAAGCGAAUUCCGCGCAGCACACCCAUCUUGAUGCUCAGCGGCGCUCAAGAUGAGAUCGUGCCCCCGAAGCACAUGUCGGCGCUGUGGGAUCUGGCGCAAAAACGGGGUCCCCAGGGCUCGCAGAAGGAGUGUGACCGAUUCGAGUCGUUUGGGGAGGGCUGUCAUCCGGAUACUUUCACAUGUCCGGGCUAUUGGGAGAAAGUGAGCGAGUUUCUGCGGGUCGUGAGUGACAAGCACGGGACUCGAUGAUCUCUAGAUCGUCAUGUCUCCAAGCCCGAGGCUCAAGCCUUGAUGAUGGAUGUCACUUUCGAUUUUGCACAUACUAGUCAGCGUGGAUCGGUGGGAAGCAAUGUAGAACUCUCGGCGGGCAAGUCAGAUCGUGGAGAGUGUUCUAUAUUUGGGGUUACCGGAGACACAUUGGGUCUUGAGCACGGAAUCUGCCGGAAAGACCAGGGUAUCUACUAGAUAUCGUGGAAGCAGUCAUUAGCGAGACGAUGCGGCUCCAGACUCUACGCUUCAGGCUCAGCGGUUUCGAACGUGAAUGAGAAGAGACACCAACUUCACCUAGCUCAGAAUGAGUCCGAUUCUCUCAUUCGUGCAAAGUUUGUCAACAUGCUCAAGAGAGAAGCGUAGAAAACGAGAUUCUCCAAGUAGAAAAUGGGCGCCUUCACGUCAGAAGGACAUUUCAAAGUGAAAUGACUGUUUCUAAUCCAUUCAAGUCUGCAAAGUGAACGUGAAUGAGUGGCGAUCCUAGCUUUUCACGAGGUGCCAGCAAAAGUUGCUUUUCGGACUUGUUUGUAAAAAGGAAAUACAUUGUGUCCACUAGAUUUCUCAUGUCCCUGGGUGUUUUUCUUCAAGGAAAGAAACAUUUACGCUGUCGUUGAGAUUUUAGUAUCUUGUCGUGAAUACUUUUAGAUUUGUAAACUUUGC